ACAGACAGCAGCCAGUCACUCCACGCUGAGGGCAGUAAAGCACACACAGAAGAUCAGGCAGGCACAAACAGACACACAGAUGGAGACUUCAGGGGAGAAUAAGUUUGAGGGAAUGUACAGUAAAUUGAUUGGUCAGGACGAUAAUGAGUUCAGCAUAGAUGGACAGUCUGCUCACACCCCACCUGAAACUCAGCACAAAGUGUCUGUGUUCACACUCAAAGACGGGUUCACACUCAAAGACGGGCCCAGCACAAAUGCAUACAGACUGGCUACAUGGAGCCUGGGGAUUCUAUGUGCUCUCUUGAUGGCUGCGAUCAUAGCCUUAUGCACCAGCUAUAAAGAACUUAGUGCGAAACAUGACAUUCAGUCACAGAAUUCAUCAGAGAUCAGCAGCGUUCUGGAGCAACUUCGAGCAAACUACAGCGCCCUGGCUGCGAGCAAGGAGCAACUGCAGGGUGAUUAUCGGAGAGCCUUGAGCAUCAAGGACAACGUGCAGCAAGACAGAGACCGCGAGAGGCAAGAGAAGGAGCGGCUGCAGAAGGAGAAGCAGAGCCUGGAGACGGCCAAGACCAAACUGCUGGAGCGCAUCAGUAAUCUGGAGAAGAGCUGCGGGCACUGUCCAGUUGGGUGGGAGCUCUUCAAUUCCACAUGUUACUACAUUGCUCCGUCUGACACCAGUCAAAAGAUGACGUGGAGUCUGAGUCGGGAAGAAUGCAAGAAGUUAGAUGCUGACCUGGUGGUCCUUGAUACUCUAGAGAAACAGGAAUUCAUCAGUGGAGUCUUACAGAUAAAGGGACCUAGGUCCUCAUACUGGCACACUACAGGAUACUGGAUAGGACUAAGAGAUAUCGAAACGGAGGGGGUCUGGAAGUGGCUGAAUGGAGCUCCGCUGACUACAGGGUACUGGUUUGACGGAGAGCCCAAUGACUAUCAUGAGGCUGAAGACUGUGCGGCGACCUACCCUAAGGACAAUCCCCUGAAGACCUGGAAUGACGCUCCAUGUGGAUACAAACUAAAAUGGAUAUGUGAGAAGGAGUUAAAGGAGACAUAGACAUUGUUCCACAUUGUGUCUUCAACAGCAGAAUGAAAUAGUGGCUACACAAUUGCACCUGUGAAAACAGGUUGGCUUGUAUCAAAACUAUAGAUUUAUGCAAAAUCUGUGCAGGUCCAUGCUCUACAGUGACAGGCUACUCAGUUUGAAUGUAAAGAAAACUGCUUCUGAGCAGUACAUGAAGCAUCCAACAGUGGGAGGGAUAUGAAAACUUUAAUGAAUAGAGUGCAGAUCGCUUAAUAUUUCCUCUGCCAUACAGAAUAAACCUGUGCCAUUAAGUAGGGAGUGACUCUGUCAGGCUAUUUCAGCUUUAUCCAUUGGUGCUGUCAGACAAAAGGUAAAAAAAAAAACAUUCUAACUGCGCAUUGUUUACAUAUUUUACAGUUAAUUAAACAAAUGAAAUUGAAUUUUGUACAUUACAUUUGUACAUUUAUGGCCAUAUUGUACUAUGUACUAAGUCAGAUGUUUUUGAUCAUCUGUGUGCCUGGCCACAAUGUGAUCAUCAGUUAUUAAUAUGCAGUACAGUACUAAAAUAGCAUGUGACAGCUACAUAGUAUUUAACAGUAUAUCUUAUUUAUAACAAACAGCACAUAGAAUGUUACCUAAUAUUCAUUGCAAAGGCAGCUUAUAAGAAACAGUAGCCAGUCCUGGAAAAUGAAAGAGCCACUAUUUUAGCUAAGCUGUUUUGUAAUUAAAUAGGCAGGCACAGAGAACACAUUAACAAAUAGGUACUUUUGUCAUUUUUGUAGGUGGUAAAAACAUUUGGAUGUUUUAAAGAUUGCUGAAAUGAAAAUGAAGCAAGUCAAAUGCAAAGAACUGAAUUUCUCUCAUGGAGUAGUUGUAACACUCAGAGCUAAAUGCGAACUACACCUGGAUUUGCUGACCUUGUUGCUCUGUUGCUCAUAUCCAGAGAUACAUCCAGCAGAACAUUAGUAGCCUGAGCAAGCUAAUUUCAUUGGCAACAGCAUAUUGAUAACUAGCUGACCCCACUUGAACCUCAAAACUGAAAUAUCAACAAGUGUAGCUGAAGGCUGAUGCUAUUCAAAAAUAACUUUGCUUUGAGUUUAGUAGAUGUAGUUUUCAAAGUGGUUUUGGCAAGCUUGCUAAAUAUCAUCCUGUUGACUUUGACCAGCUAUUCCCAAUGUUUGUAUAGUUAAGUAUGGUAUUAUUGGUUAAAGUAAUUAUUUUAAAAUGACUGAAGUGCCACACAGCUAUGAUUGGCGACUUGUAGAUGAUAAUAAAUAUAAAUGGGUGUCCUGGUGAAACUGAGAGUUCAUAAAACUAAUGGUGAGUGGCAAGUGGUUGUAAAAAAAAGUAACAUCAAGAGAGCUGUGACAUUAAGCAAGGUGAUAUUAACCAGGUUAAUUUGUAUCAAAAUACUAA